GGACAUGAAGUGCUGCUGUGUACGUGGGUUGGGAAGUGCGUAGGUAAAAAUCACCUGCGAACACCUGUAGAUUCAGUUUGAUAUGCAUUUUUGUUUUGAUGCUGAUGUGAUUACGUGGUGAUCAUAAGUGAACGGGGUUAUAACAUUGUACUGCGGUGUUGAAGUGAGGUGGGGAAGUUGGUAUCUUGGUGUAAAAUAUAUGAAUACGUGAAAGUUUCUGGAUGCGUAAUAUGGAGUUUAGUUAUUAUCACCAUCCCCUGGAGUAGAGGGGAGUCAUGCCGGGAGUUGAAGGGCAGCUGCCCCUGUCGCCGGAUCUUCCCUGGGACGCACACAGCUAUAGCUCAACAUAUUCGCUGGACCACGCUGCUAUGAUGUCAUACCACCGCUCAAGUGUACAUUCCAAUGGCUAUUCGCCAGAUGGCCCUCAGAGUGGUAUUGGUGAAGAGGCACCCACAUAUCUUAUGGAGCAUCUGGCAACAUUUACAGUUGCCAAAGAAACUGGCAUUGUAUACCCAGCGGAUGGUAUGCGUAGGCUUCUUCAGCUUGAAAAGUCCAAUGGAAUUUGGUCACAGAAAAUGCAAUUGAGGCUUGACAUGUCAUGGGUACUUAUCAUGGAUUAUGAAACUGGGGCAGUGAUGGAGAGAUUCCCAGUUGCUUUGAUCCAGGAACCUACAGCCUUCACAAGUCAUGAUCCCAUGGAGAUGUAUAACAACAUUCUUGUGUUCAUUGUGGGUGAAGCACGGGCAGAACGUUUAGGUUCACGCUCUGAAAUGCACAUAUUUCAGUGUCAGAGUAUUUCUGCCCAAGAUUUGGUUGAAGAUCUGAAGUUGCUACGAGCCGGAAAAGUUCCUGCUCGCCGACGUUCACGGCAUAUCCCACCUCCUCCAGCCACACCUCCCCCAGAACCUCCAGGCAGUGGGGUCAAUGUCCGAGAACAAGUGUCUGUAUUUAAUGCGGCAGCUCACCACUCAGUACAUUCAGAUCUUGGUGCAGGUACUGGCGGUGUAUUCCCGGCUCAUAACCGCGAUGAUGAAGUGAGUUCUACCUCCAGCGAAAAGUACGAGCGUGAUGUGACAAUACUGAACCACUGCUUUGAUGACAUCGAAAAGUUUAUUGCAAGAUUGCAGCAUGCAGCAGCUGCAUCCAGAGAGCUGGAACGUAGGCGCAGGAACCGAAAGUCAAAGAAAAAGGAUUUGGGAGACGGUAUGCUGACUAUGCGAGCAAAGCCACCCCCGGAACUGGAGUUUAUAGACAUCUUCCAGAAGUUCAAGCUUUCAUUCAACUUGCUGGCCAAGUUGAAGGCCCAUAUUCAUGAUCCAAAUGCACCAGAGCUGGUCCAUUUCUUGUUCACACCACUGGCACUUAUUGUGGAUGCAUCACAUGACACACAUUAUGGGCCUAACCUACCAGCGAAAGUGGUGUCACCCCUGCUUACCAGAGAAGCUGUGAACUUGCUCAUCAAUUGUGUUACAAGCAAGGAAACAGAACUAUGGCAUUCACUGGGAGAUGCUUGGCUUAUUCCAAGGGAUCAAUGGAAGGGGUAUGUUGCCCCAUACCAUCCAGUGUUCUUGGAUGGCUGGUCACCAGAAUAUCCAGUGGCAGAUGAAAGAGAACACAUGCCCUCCACUGCUGGUUCAGGAGGAAAUGCCGCCACUGCUGCAGUGACAGCAGAAGGAAGUCGAACUCGGGCUGAAGAUGCAGAGCAUGAUGGCUCCCAUUACAGCAGUGAUUAUUUUGAAUAUGAGCACCAGGAGGCAUCUCCACCAGAGGCUGGGCGCUAUGCAUAUGACAAUCGGAACUAUGGAACGAGACAAGAUGUGUACAGUCGUGAGGAAAGAGACCGUUCACCAAGUCCUGGUGGUUCAGAGCGUGACAUGCCAGGAGGCCCACGUGAUCGUGACCUUAGUGCUCGUAGUGACAUCUCUGCAGAUUCAAUUGAACGUAAUGGAGGUGUAGGUGUGGCGUUAGGAGCUGUGGGAAUGGAGGGACAGCAGAGGUUUGAACGCUCUCAGGCUCGUUUCUUGGAUGAACUCCGGUCACGUGGUGCAAAAAUAGUGCAAGUGACUUAUCCCCGUACAGCCAAUAAUGACAAGGAACUCACAGUAAUUCGAGGGGAAUACCUUGAGGUUGUGGAUGACAGCAGAAAAUGGUGGAAAGCACGAAAUUGCCGAGGUCAAGUGGCCCAUGUUCCACACACGAUAGUUACACCCUAUCAAGGUGGUGAUCCCAAUGAUGUUUUCAGCAACCCUCUGUAUGCACCACCCCAUGGCUAUGACAAGCAUUACCCAAGCCAGGAUUCAUCACGGGAUGUUGGAGAAAUGUCUCGUCCUGCCCGAUCUCCACCCAUACCACCACCUGCACCAGCUGAUUGGGUGAGAAAAGAACGUCUCGGCAAGAAAGGUGAAUUCCGAUACUUCUAACUGUGUUUUGAAUAUUUGACUUGCAGAUUCAUUAAGUUAAUUAUUGAUUUAUUUAAUGAUAUUCCUGCAUAAUUGAAAUGUUUAGGUAUGUGCAGAUAUUUCAUUUUUCAACCCAAAUCAAAAGUACAGGUUUUGUGUUAAUGAGAGUUAUUGAUAUUUACUACUAAUAGUCAUGAAGGAAGAUUGCUAAGCAGGCUUCACCUGCCUACAGCUGUCUUUCUAGUAACAGUGGUGAUUAAGUUGAAUUUUAAUUAAAAAAGGCAUUUGAUGAUUCAUUCAUCAUUUCCAAUUUGUCUUUGUUAUAUCUAAUUAUAUGUUCUCUAUUCUAUAAUUUGCCUUACAUAUGAAGUUACUAUUCAGUCUUAUUUUCUUGAAUUCUUAACAGUAAUGUAGCACUGGUAGACCGAAUGAAAUUCUAAAUUUGUAGAUGAAGAGGAAAUUGUCAUAAGGACUGUGGUUUGGAAUGUAGUCCUCCUGUUACCAAUCAGAUGUCAGUGAUUGUAGCAUAUAUGGUAAUCUUAUUCACACUCUUGUCGUGUUCUGAAGUAAUUUGCUUCUGAAUUUGGAAUUCAAAUUUUAGCCAAAUUAUCUGGCGCAUCUCUCAUAUAGACAGCAUAUAUUAUUUCUUGAUUAUAUCUUGAAAUAUGUUUAGCAAAAAUGCUCAAUCAGUGGCUCUACAACCACAUCUUGGUCUGUAAGAAAAGAUUUAUUUAUGGAAGGUAGACGGUGUGAGCCAUUGUGUGAAAUUAUGUUCUUUACUAACAAAGAGAAUAUGAUUUUAUAAUCUUUCAUGCCACAGCGGGCAUGUGGUAGCAUAGUUGGUUGAGGCACUGUGCUAUAAGC